AUGAACAAGGUUACCGGCGGAGGUCCUCCUGAUGAUUGCUCUCCGUUUGUUCUCCUCGUUGAUUUCCUCCAUUUCCGUAGCAUCUGCACAUCUUGGCGCUCCUCCGUUUCCCUGGACGACAAUCCUUUCCCGAGACGCCCUCUCAUCGACCUCAACCCCCUCGUCAUCACUAUCCAUGUCGGCCCUAAUGAACCAAAGCAAAUCUUCGGCCUCGACCGGAGCGCAUUUCUAUCACGCGCCACCUUCUUCCGCGUCUCCUCCUCUGCGACGAGUCGGGGGUGGCUGAUGAAAUGCGAUAGUGAUCUCCUCGGUUACAGGAGACUCCGUCUUCUCAACCCUCUCUCGCGCCUCCCGAUGAGCCAUCUUGGCUUAACCAUCGAUCUUCUUAAUGUCUCCGAUAUUCAAGAUGCCUAUGUUGUUCAAAUCCAACGCAAGAAGAAAAAAGAACAACUUUUUGGAUUCAAAAGGUUGGUUGUUACGGCAAAUGGUCGCCUUCUUGGAGUAGGAUGCGACGGGAAGAUAAGGUAUUGGAACGGAGACGUCUGGACCAAAAUGAAAGAGCAAGUAGCUCGAUUCUGUGACAUCAUAGUUGAGAGAGAGAGAGGGCUAACGUACACCUUGGAUUCGCAUGGGAAUGUCUGGUGGGUUAGUUCCUCUCUGGGCAUCUUUAGGUAUGGACCUUCACUGGAUGAAUAUGCCACUAAGGAAUCUUGUAGAGACUUGGUUUUGGUGGAGUGUGGUGGAGAGUUAUACGUUGUAGAUCGUGUCGUUGAUGAUAGCCUCUGGAUCAGAAAAAGUGGUAAUUGGUGUCGUUAUCGUUUCACAAUGAUACACGACGAUGAUGGGGACGAGAGAUGGGUAACACCGGAAAUAUCUCGCUUCUAUCCCAAGACGGUGGGUUUUAAGGUUUACAAGGUUGAUGAAGAAGUGGGGAAAUGGGUACAAGUUAUGUCCUUGGGAGAUCAUGCGUUUGUGAUGGCUAGCGAUGCUUGUUUCUCGGUCUUCGCUGAUGAGUUUUAUGGAUGUUUGAAAAACGCCAUUUACUUCUCCGACGAGGCAGAACCUGAGACCACUAAGGUGUUUAAGCUUGAUGAUGGGAGCAUCACGACAAUGACGACGAGAUACCCGAGGAGUUUCCGUAGCGUCUGCCGUUCUUGGCGCUCCUCCGCUUUCGACAAUCCUUUCCGGAGCCGACCUCUCAUCGAGCUCAAACUCCUCGACCCAACUGAAAAUGCCUCCCAACAAGGAAACGCGUUCCUCUCAGGUGCCGCCUUCUUCCGCGUCACUCCCUCCUCCUCGCCGAACCAAGGGUGGCUGAUCAAAUCCGACACCGAUCUCAACUCGGGGAAAUUUCGUCUUCUCGACCAUUUCUCGCGCAUCCCUUUGAAACACAGGUGCAAGAGCAUCAAUCUCUUGCGUUUCAAUGUCUCCGAGAUUCAAGAAGCCUACGUGGUUCACGACAGGCGCAUGGACGAACCAGAUCCCGGAUUCAAAAGAGUGGUUCUUGCCACCGUCCAAGGAGGAGAUCAUGCUUUGGGAGUCGGCUGGGACGGGAGGAUCAGGUUUUGGAGUGGUCGAAUCUGGACCAUACUCAAAGACCAGCUUGCUGAGUUCACCGACGUUGUAAUCCACGGAGGGCUAACUUACGCCUUGGCUUCGGAUGGGUCAGUUUGGUGGAUAAGCUCCUCUCUUUCCAUCUUCAAGUACGGACCACCAUUAGAUGAAAGCAUCACUGGUAGCGAUUGCAGAAACUUAAGCUUCGUGCAACAUGGUGGAGAGCUUUACAUUGUUGAUCGUAUCCUUAAAGAGGGUGAUACCUUGGAUCCUAAUGUUUUUUAUGUUUGCGCUGUCGACGAUGAUGGGAACCAGAUAGGCGAAACAUCUCCCAAAACGAUCGGUUUCAAGGUUUACAAGAUGGAUGAGGAUAUGGGGAAAUGGGUUGAAGUUAAGUCAUUGGGAGACGACGCCUUUGUGAUGGCUACCGAUACUUGUUUCUCGGUUUCGGCCGGGUGUUCAAGCUUGAAGAUGCUAGUAUCACAAGAGCCACCAGUACCGAGCAGAACUAGAGUCUCCUAG